UCUGCGUCACCGGCGGUUGCCACUCUGUUGCGAAAGCGCGGUUCAUUGUCAUCGCUCUAUACGGCCGAAUCUGAAUCGGAGCUAGAGCGCGAUGAACAUCAUGAUGGGUUGGGAUCGCACUCCGAAGGCGCUCGAUCGGAUGCUUCUGAAGCCGAGAUGGGGAGUGGAAGCGAAGAUGAAGAAGGUAGCAUAGGAACGGGUCAAGCGAGCGGUGUGCCAUCGGAACUGAGCUCCACGAAAACAGCGUUCGAUGAUGAUAAAUCUCAAUCGUUGGACAUUGAAUGUUUCGCACAAAAAUUGGUGUUGGAGGAAGCGGAAUCAUUGCGCAAAUCGUCGAGUGCUCCGAGUGUUGCAGAAGUUGAAACACAACCGUCGAAUGCGAUUUCACGAAGUGCAUCAGCGAUGGGCGUCGAGACUGCCUCAUCGGUGAUCGAUGACAACGAAGAGGCAGCAAAACUCGCAGCGAAAAAGGUUCUCGAAUAUGAGGCAUUUCGUAACGAUCAUUGCUACUUUGCUGAAAUGGAUGAUGAGGAUGAACAUAAGAACAAAAAGGGCUAUCGAAUCGCAAUCAAAACUGAGCAAUCCUCCACUACCACCACCUCAACCACUGAGAGUACCACUACCACAUCUAUCUCACCAAUAGAACGUGGUAUAGGUAAGAGCGAUCAUCGCAAGCAGAACCUGUCACUGCUUAAGAGCGAGCAGGAUGAGCCACUGGAGCCUAUCAUGGAGGAAUCAGAUUCCUCCAGAUUCAAGCAUCCCAUCAUCCAGUAUCAAUCAUCAGCAAUCUGCUGCGCACGGUCCUCUGCCACGCAGUCGAAAUCAUCGAUUUGUCGUUUCAAGGCUUCGACGAUGGUCAGUGCCACCACUAUGCAAGCUCAAGUUCAGAAUCUGUCACUGUCAAGCCAGUCAUUGCCCACCACCACCUGCACUAAGCCAUCAACGAGUCAUUCGCCGACAACGUUGCUAACGGCAGCGCAGAAGAAGGCCACGGUUAGGCGACGACGAAUCAACAACGAACUGGCACAGUUGUUACCGCCACCAGUGGAUGUGUCACGUUUGAACGAUUCGGAUUAUGAGGAUAACCGACUGAAAGGUGUGAGUAGUUUUGAGGCGAGAAGCGAAGAGCAGGAGUUUGACGUAUUCAUCAAAUACCAAAAGGAUGGUUUUGAUCGGGAAGAUCUGAAAUAUCUGGAGAAAGCGUUUCACGAUAUGCAAAAUGACGGAACGGCGAACUGGAAUCGCAUUCUUUUGUGGGUGCCACCCUGUGAGAUACCGACAGUUAAAUUACUCGUAAAAAUUUUUAUUUGCUUACAGGCAAAACCGCGAAAAGUUGGCAAAACGGAAAUUUUCUUCGAUGAUCCUGAGUUGAACGGCGUAAUGCCCCACUCGACGGGAUGCGCACGAACUCAAGGUUACUACAAGCUGAGCAAUAAACAGAAGCGUGGUAUCAUUCGACGUCCAGAAGGAUUCCAAGACAGAACUGAAAUCAGUGAACGGGAUGAGAAAACGGUCCGUCAUGUGGUUCAAGCAACUCGUGAGGCACGAUCUGACAAUCGACGACUGUUGACAUCGAUUGGUGAAACAUCUUCAGAUAUUCUGAAAGUCAAUCAACUGAAGUAUCGCAAAAAGAUGAUCAAGUUUGCGCGUUCACGCAUUCACGGUUGGGGAUUGUAUGCACUGGAAUUGAUUGGACCGGACGAGAUGAUCGUUGAGUAUGUGGGGCAGAAGAUUAGACCGACGGUUGCGGAUGAACGAGAGAAGAAGUAUAUGCGGAAGGGAAUGGGAUCGAGUUAUUUGUUCCGAAUUGAUUCCGAUAAUGUAAGACCGUUUUUUCAACUGAAUUAUUUUGAACAUUUUUCUUGUAUCUUUAAUAAGAUUUGGUUGGCCAUUUGUUCAAAUAUGUUGUCCAUAUCCGCGGUUGUUUGUUUUGAUGGUUCGGCAAAAAUUCUAUCAUGUUGA